GUACUAAUAGUAGUCUGUAAUUUCAUAACGCCCUUCGGGCUUGAUGGUAGAAAGGCUUGACAGUUGCUGUUAGAGCAGUUUAACCCACGCAAUAUCUCUUGGACUAUAAAAAAUCUGGCUUCGUUCAGAUUCACAAGAGCUCAUCACAGCCAUCACCUUCAAUCAACGAUUGUGGGACUAACAACUUUUCGGUUUAUUCUCGGACAUUGUUUCUCUACUUUUUCGUUUAAUGUUUUUUUUUCUUCGUUUAAUGUUUAUCGUUUUAGCUUCUUUUCUAAAGCAAAAUGAGCUCGCAGAUUCAAUAGCAAAGGCAUGUUUAUGCAAUGCUGCUCUCUGGGCCUCCAGCCUAAUUAGUCUCGUGCAUAAAUUUUAGUUUGAACAAAAAGGGGCUAUCCAGUCCCAAAGUUCAGUCCAAUAUUUCCAGGGCUCAACAUGAACUUAUGGGGGUAGAAGUGGGAUUUCAAGCUAACCAAAAAGAAAGAAAGUCAAAGAAUCCGUUAUUUGGUCAAAAGACUGAAAAGACUCAAAGCCAAGCACAAACAACUUGAUCCCCAAAGCCAAUUCGUCACCCAUUACUUCAUCAAAGUCAAUUACUUGUAAACUUUUCCAAAACGAAUUCUCUAGACCCCUUUCCAAAUUCAAUAUCCACUCUUAUUAAACCAUUAUUAAAGCACUAAUAAAUUCUUGUUCAUAAUCAUCAAAUCCUUGAACCCCCCCUUUCGCUCUCUCUAAAAACACAAAACUAAAUAUUGAGAUAUAAAGCCAGAACACAUGGGAACACUUGUGGGACAUGUGGCACCAGGUUUUGCCUUCUUUGCACUUGGUCUUUGGCACCUAUACAACAACAUAAAACUAUUUUGUCUACACCCAAACACCUUUACUUCAUCACCAUGGUUCCCAACUUCCAAGCUCAGGCACCUAGAGCUCUACUUCAUAAUGUUCUCUUCAUCAGCCUCCAUAGCCAUGGAGCUCUUUAUUGGGCCCAAGAAACAUCAACCCUUUGCCUCUGAUGGCACGAUACCUUCAAACCACCUCCACAACUUUGAACACUCCUCUAUCUCUAUGUCCUUCUUUAUCUACGCUAUUUUCGCACUAGUCCUUGAUCAAGCAAGGUAUAAAGCUGUCUCUAAGGGACUGACCAUACUCGCGGCAGCCUCUGCCUUUGCUCAACAACUCUUCUUAUUCCAUCAUCACUCUGCUGACCACAUGGGCAUCGAGGGACAAUACCAUAAGCUCCUCCAGCUUGUCAUCUUUGUUUCUCUCCUUACCACUUUAAUGGGUAUUGCCUUGCCUAAAAGUUUCUUGGUAAGUUUUGUGAGAUCAUCAAGCAUAUCUUUCCAAGGAGUGUGGUUUAUAGUGAUGGGCUACAUGCUUUGGACACCUAGCUUGAUCCCCAAGGGGUGUUUUCUUCAUGAAGAAGAAGGGCAUCAAGUGGUUAGAUGUUCAAGCGACUUAGCUCUACACAGGGCCAAGUCGCUGGUCAACAUCGAGUUUAGCUGGUUUUUUGUUGGAACCACAAUAUUUGGCAUGUCUCUAUACUUGAUUCUUGAUGGAGUUUACGGUGAAAAUAUCGAAUACUCAAGUCUAACCACUAAAGACCAAGUUGAAGAAGAUGGUGAAAAACAAGAAGACAUCGAGUCGUUGAAGAUGAGUAAUCCAGGUUUUGUCCAGAUGGGUAAAAUUUUUGGAGAUCGCGAGACGUGGAAAGGUGAUAAAAUCUAGGUUUUUUUAUAUUCCAACUUGUACAAAAAUAUAUAAUCGAUUAGAACGAUAAAGUGUGAUUGUAUAAUUUAAACUUUAUUUUUGUUAAGAACGUGCGUCAACUUGUUUAUACAUUAAUAUAGUAACAUAUUAAUAAUA